AUGUCUAACAAUCCAUUCACCGAAAUGUUAUCUCCCUCUUCAACCGGAAUUGGAAAUGCUCGAAAUCAUUCACAAAGCAGUUUGUCAAAAACUUCUCACCAGUUGCCAGGAAAGCCACGUAAGCAUGACCAAUACGAUCAGCACUCAGAUUAUUAUGAUGACCAUGACCUACCGCCUCCUUAUGAUGAAGUCACAAACAAAUACCAGAAAGAUGAGUAUCCCACAGACGAGAAAUUGAAACAAAGCAGCGAAUCUAGUUCAAGCGAAUCUUCUCCUAAUCCAUUUCCUGCGUCAUCUUCUGCCCCAAAGCAAUACUAUAAAACCAGUAGGGAACAUAACGGAAAACGGUUAGAUGCAGAGCAGAUGACAGGGACAGUGGUCACUAAUAUUGCGUCAGACGGCAGAGUCAGAUCGAAAAGUGCGGGUGAGUCUAGCAGACCACGCAAGUAUAGUGAGCACAAAUAUUCUCGUGGCCACAAAGAGCGUAGAUCUCAUCGUCACCACCGGUCUAAAAAACAAACUGUAAUGGAUAAACCAAAGAACUUGGACACCAUAGACAAGUUGGAUGUUACUGGAUUUUUUUCCGGUGGCGGUUUUCACCACGAUGGUCCAUUUGACGCUUGCACGCCUCAUAGAAACAAAGAUACGAAAGCAGCACCUGUGAUGGCGUUUCCUGUUGAUGGUCCGAAUAACUCAAUCAAAGGAAUGGCUCCCAAGAAUAGUAAGGAUCAACAAAUUGAUAUGGUAUUCGGUUACAAUGAAGAACCCAUAUACACAUCAAAAUCAAAAAGCGUUCAAACUCCAGGUAAAAGCCCAUACAGCAAUGGGGUCGUGGUUAAGCGAGCUUCCGCUUCAAAUAGCACAUUUCUUGAUUUGAAGGCCAACCCAAAUGUCGUUGCAUUUGACUCAAAUGUAAAGUCUGCUCCAAUCCACGGAGAUACAACUUUGGGGCUUGGUUCAUCUACAUUCUUGGAUGGGGCUCCAGCAUAUGGAGUUCACGAAAAAAAGGAUGGAGGUGAGCUCGGUCGAAAGAAGAGUCUUGUGGAUAGACUAAGGAAAAAAGAUGACGAAACCACUGGCUUACUAAGAAGAGUCAAAAGUUUGAAGGUGUCCAGACGAUAG